CUUCGGUACCGGCCCACCGGGAAAACUCCCGGUAUUCCCAAUGGCUUAUAAAAUAUAAGUUAUGGUGUGUGGAUAUGUUCUUUCUCUUAACAGAGGGUGGUGGUAAUGCGCCACUAAACUGUAUGCGAACCUCUGUAAAACAAGAAGAAGACGAGAAAGAAGAAGAAAGCUGUCAGCUGCUUCAGCAACACAACAAACAUGGCGUCAGGAGGCGGCUAACUGAGAAGAAAAGCUGGGUAUCCUCCAGAGCCGUUUUAAAUAAAAGUUGUAUUUCUUAAUUAAAGAUAACAUUUGCUUCGUCGUGAUCUCAAGAUGGAGUCUGCUUUGUUUCCAGAGGAUGUUUUGGAGAGGAAAGUGUGUGUUGUCGGGUCGGAGCUGGUGGAAAACUACACUGUCUAUAUCAUCGAGGUGUCGGAUGGAGAGCACAGAUGGACUGUAAAGCAUCGCUACAGUGACUUUCACGACCUCCACGAGAAGCUGACGGCAGAGAAGAAGGUGGACCGACGGCUGCUUCCUCCAAAGAAGAUGUUGGGGAAGAACUCAAAGAGUCUGGUGGAGCGGCGGCAGAAGGAGCUGGAGCUUUACCUGCAGACGCUGCUGCAGCAGUUCCCAGAGGCCACACCGUCUCCACUCACCUGCUUCCUGCACUUUCACCUUUACGAGAUCAACGGGAUCACAGCAGCUCUGGCUGAGGAGUUGUUCAACAAAGGGGAGCAGUUGCUGCAGGCCGGCGAGGUCUUUUCUCUCUAUCCUCUGCAGCUUUACUCCGUCUCCCAGCAGCUACGUCUGGCAAAACCAACCUGCUGCAGCGGAGACGCCAAGACCGACCUGGGACACAUCCUGGACUUCACCUGCAGGCUGCGAUACCUCAAGGUGUCUGGUACCAGAGGUCCAGUAGGAUCCAGUAACAUCCAGGAGAGCAGUCUCCCCUUCGACCUGUCUGUCUUCAAGUCACUGCUGCAGAUCGAGAUCAGUGAGUGCAGCUCGCUGCAGAUCCGAGGUCUUUCAUCUCUGAGGUCCAGUCUGGCAACUCUGAGUAUCCACCACUCCAUGGAAACUAUGACGUCAAUCCUGGUCCCGGAGUCGAGCGAGUUCUCUCAGUGGGAGGCUGAGGGGGCGGAGUCAGGCUGUCCCAUCACCGCGGUAAUCCCGGUGUGGAGAAAUCUGACUACGCUGGACAUGAGCCACAACGGCAUCAGCACCAUCGACAGCUCUGUGAAACUGAUUCCUAAGGUGGAGUUUCUGGAUCUAAGUCACAACAAGCUGUCCACAGUGGAGAACCUCCAGCACCUCUACAAUCUGGUCCAUGUGGAUCUGUCCUACAACUGCCUGCAAGUCCUGGAAGCUGCUCACACCCGUCUAGGAAACAUCAAAACUCUGAGUCUGGCCGGCAACCAGCUGCAGCAGCUGAGCGGCCUCACCAAGCUCUACUCACUGGUCAACCUGGACCUCAGCCACAACCAGCUGGACCAGCUGGAGGAGAUCAGGAACAUCGGCUCUCUGCCCUGUCUGGAGAAACUCAACCUGUCCAGUAACCCCAUGUGCAUCAUCCCGGACUACAGGACCAAGGUGCUGGCCCAGUUUGGAGACCGGGCAUCAGAGGUUUGUCUGGACGGUCAGGUGACGACAGAGAAGGAGCUGGACACAGUGGAAGUGUUGAAAGCCAUUCAGAAAGCCAAAGAAGUCAAAGACAGGAUGAGCAGCGGUGACAAGAAGAUCAGUGAGGAGACCAGGCUGUCUGCUGCUGCACCUCCUCACCUCUCCUCCUCCUCUCCCCCCUCCUCUUCCUCCUCCUCCUGCUGCUCUGCUGUCGCUCCUCCCACUGUCACCUCUUCCCCUUCCUCCUCCUCCUCCUCCUCCUCUUUCUCUUCCUGUCCGGCCCAGCAGGCCUCUUGCCCCAGCCAAGAAGUGACAAGCAGAGAAGACUCCGUUCCCCCCAGCACUCUCCCGCCUGUGGACGCUGCACCCCCCCCACCAAGCUUUAACACCAACACAAACCUCCUGCCUGCUGACCCCACCCAGGUACACCAACCUGCUGUCAGUCUGUCUGAACACACACUCUGUGGAGCUCCCACAAGCAUAACUACUACCACUACUACUAAUACUACUACUACUACAAAUUCUACAAAGGCUGUCUGUUGCGCCUGCUGCUCUUCCCCCUCCUCCAGACCAGAUGAGACCCCUUGCUUCUCCUGCAGCGCAGCCUGCUGUCCUCUACUUCCUUCUCUGCUGCUCUCCCUCUCCUCCUCCAACAAAUACUUCAUUACCCAGCUCUCCCAUCGGCUAAGCUCCAUUCUGAAGGAGCAGAAAAGGGAGAAGGUGGAGGAGGAAGAGACGGAGGAGGAGAGAGAGGAAGACAAGAGGUCUAAAUGCAGAGAGCUUCAGUCCCAUGUGGAGUGCACUGAGGAGGGAAGUCUCAGUCCAGGCUCCAGGGACGGAUACUUCGAGAUGGGCCUGGAUGACUCUUUAGAGGAGUCCGUCGGCUCCUCUUCCUCCACGUCGCUCGCUGUUCCUUCUGCAGAGGAGCCUGGUAGCCAGCAGGAGGAGCUGUGUGAAGAGGAGGAGGAGGAGGAGGAGGAGGAGAAGAAGAAGAAGAAGAAGGAGGAGAAGGAGGAGAAGGAGGAGGAGAAGAAGGAGGAGGAGAAGGAGAAAGAGGUGCAGGUCAGCAGGGUCCUGUGGUGCUACUGUCUUCAGCUGAAGGAGGAAGUGGAGCAAAAGAAGGCUUGCCUGGUGCUGACAGACCAAAUAUUGUGCCUGAUGUACCUGUCAGAUGAUUUCACACGGUCCAAUCAGGACGCAGACCAGGAGCAGAGUGUGGAGGAGGUGCUGUCCAGCCUGCAGGUGGACCUCCUGCUGCCGUACUCACAGCUCCUCCUCUCCUCCCAAGCCGAGCUCCCUGACUCCUGCCUCGCAUUCGGCCUCCACGCCGCCCCGACCCGCUGGUUCCUCUUCUCGGAGCCCGAGGCGCUCCGGCAGACCAGGAGCGAGCUGAAGGUGUUGAUCCAGGCCGUGAAGUCUCAGCCUGACCCCGAGCCCCCCCUCCCUCCUCAGCUCCUCCACCGCUCGCUCAUCAACUCCUGGGAGCUGGAGGAGAGUCAGGGGGCCCAGGGAGGCUAUGCUGCCUUUCUCCUUCCUUCCUCCUCCACCUCCUUCUCGGCCCCGGACACCCACCCGCUCCUGUCAGACAUCUUCUCCAGCAGAGAGGACCCCAGCCUCCCUUCCCUCCUCUUUCUCACCCACAGACACCUCUGGGUGCUGAAGAUUGAUUUCAGAGAGCUGGCAGAGAGUGAGAGAAGGAGCGCUGGCCUUCAUCACUCCUCCUCCUCCUCCUCCUCCUGGUGCAGGCUGGUCCGUGUGCCCAUCGGCUCCAUGGUGCUCCACCCUGGAGAAAGGGCUUCAAAGGUCGAGGAAAGAAGCAGCAACACCUCCUGCCCCGACCCCAAACACCACCACAGGAGGAGUCACUCUGUGGAGCUGCUGCUGGGCGGUCAGAGGCUGCUGCUGCUCUUCCCUCUGGCCCAGAACAGGAGCUCCUUCCUGGGGGAGCUUAGGCAGAGGAGAGCUGCUCUGGAGGGGCUGAAGAUGGUCGCCCUGCCUCUGCCCUGUCCACAGGACGGGCCGCACACACGAGGCCGUCACGGAUCCAGAGACCAGUGCUGUUGUUCCAGCAAGAGGAAAUCACACAGCACCAACAGCUGGGACUCCUCCCGUCUCCAGGUGGAGGAGAACCAGCCGUCCCCCCACCUCACCCCAAGUCUCUCCCCAGGACUGAAGCUCCUUGCUGGGCUCGGAGGGGAGCAGCUGCUGACCCACUUUCACAGAUAUAUAGCAGAGUCUGAGUCGGAGGAGGUGAGACAGGUGUUGUGGCUGUCUGUGGUUCUCUACAAGUCUCCAGAGUCUGAGCUCACCUGCUGUCUGCUUCUAUCCAACAACACCAUCUACUUCCUGUUGGAGGACUCCGCCGCCACACUCGUUCAUCACUCUGUGUUGGACGUUAUGGACUCUGGAGAUCCGGACUUGUGUCUGUGCUGCUGUCUGUCCGUCAGACUCUCUGAUCUGCUGUCUGUCAAUGUGGGACUGUUCGACCAGUACUUCAGAGUCGUAGGCCGCUCAGCCGAUCACAUCGUGUGCUGCCUCAGCAGGGACAGUUAUGGGACGGGUGUCUUCCUCCAGGAGCUGAUGUCGGCUCUGAGUCUGCAGCAGCAGCAGCUUCCUCAACCAGAGCCGUCUGAUCAGGACUUCUACUCACAGUUUACCAGCACAAACACCGGUAAGAUGCAGAACUACGAGCUGCUCCACAGCAGCAGGGUGAAGUUUAUUUAUCCCAGUGAGGAGGAGAUGGGAGACCUGACAUUCAUCGUGGCAGAGAGGAAAACUCCGGCCAGCGCAGCGUCUUCGUCAUCACGCUCCUUCAACGUCCUGCUCUACCUGCUAGUUUUCCAGGUCCAGAUCCCGAGUCAAGGCUCCACUCUCUCCGGCCUCUCUUCCUCCUCCUCUUCCUCCUCCUCUGGGCUGUGUCCGGUCCUCCAGCCCAGGACUCUGAUCCUGACCAGCACCGACGUGUUCCUGUUGGACGAGGACUACGUCAGCUAUCCUCUGCCAGACUUCGCCAAGGAACCUCCCUCCAGGGAGCGGUACCAACUGCGUGAGGCUCGGAGGAUCCGUGACCUGGACCGGGUGCUGCUGGGGUACCAGACGUACCCUCAGGCUCUGACCCUGGUGUUCGACGACCUUCCCGGCCCCGACCUGCUCUGCCACCUCACCAUGGACCAUUUCACUGCUGCAGGGGAGGAGGCCCCGUCUAGACGGGGUGGAUCCAGCAGCGGAGCAGAGGGCGAGGUCCAAUGGUGCGUCUUCGUCCCGGGAGCCGACAGCAGAGAGAGGCUGAUCUCACUCCUCGCUCGCCAGUGGGAGGCGCUGUGCAGCCGGGAGCUUCCUGUGGAGCUCACCGGCUGAUUGGAUGCCGGUCAGGUGGAUGACCUAGUUGGGAGCUGAUGGCAGACAGUCAUCAUAAGAGCGAGAUGAUUACCUAGCAGAUUAAGAGCUUGGUUAGCUGUUUAAAGGCUUCAAUAUGAUCUAAACGAAGAAGUGUUUUCUGACCACAUCUAAAGGCAAGGCUUUUUCACAUAGAAUGGUGGUCUGAUAGAGAGUCUGGCAAGAUGUGAUGAAUCAAUGAAAUGGGGCUAACAAUGUACAAUGGAUUGUGCUCGGUUGUCCAUUUGAAAAGCGACACAAAUAAGUGUGGUGAGUGUUAAAAAAAAGUAAGAAGAACAAAUCCUGUGUACGUACAAUAGAGCUGCAACAAUUAGUAGACUAUUAAAAGCAUAUUUCUUUAUAAUCAAGGUAAUUUUUCCUUUGAAAAAAAGAAACAAACUACUGUUAUCAGCCUCAUGAGGUUUCCUGCUUUUAUCUGUUUUAUCUCUUAUUAAACAGAAUAUCUUUCAGCUUUGGACCGACAAAUGAGGGAAAACAUUUAAAGAUAACACAUUGGAAAUCUGGAAUAGACAUUUUCACUAGAUUCUGACAUUUUAUAGAACAAACUUAUAAUCAAUAACAAAUGUUCUCUUAUUCCUCCAGCCAGUCGCAUCAUCAAGUCUGCUUUGAGAAGCUAUCCCUGGCUGCAUCCUACUGCCUCACCACCUCUCUCAAACACCUCUUUCAAACACCUCUUUCGUGUAUUUUUCAUGUCCUUGUAGUCUUGAAUAGAUGCUUUUUCCUAGAACACAUUCCUUGUGUUGCACUCAGUUCUUCACAUGUAAAGUGACAGCAGAGUUAGCAGUUUAAACAAACAUAUGCUUGAGAGAUAAUUUGACCCUUACACCUCCUAACAUGGAGGCAAUCCAUGUGUAAAGUUGCCAUGAUUGUUGGUUUCAGACAAGCACACAGUUUGAAGCAUACUGAGGCCUUUGGUCGUACUUCUUAAAGAUUGAAAGGGAUCUGGCUUUGUUCAAACAACGUUUGGUGUCUGCUCCAGAAAAAAGUCUUGGUCGAACUCAAAGGACAGCAGACUGCCAUUACAGGCCUGAGACCUCACACUGAGCCGAAACAGUCAGAGUUUCUGGCACAACCUCACCUUAUUUUAAAGUGUCUCACACGCAGCAGAUUUACAGACUUGAGACACAGACAGACAUACAGACGGUGUUGUGUUGCACAGCAGGGGGGUGCUGCAGACAGUCCACAGGAGUUUACUACCUUUUAAUCAACAUUACCUUAAAGGAACAGUUUGUCGUUUCAGGUAUAUCCUCUUGUCCUCCCCAGAGUCAGAUGUAUAGCAGUUUCAUUUCUGUGAGUUCAGUACAAAUAAGUAUAACGUGUUAUCCUAGCUUAGCACAAAGACUGGAAGCAGGGGGAACUGCCAAACGAGCCUCAUUAAACUCCAAAGUUGUAUGAUUUACAUGUGUUUAUUUAUGUAAAGUUGCUAUUAAAACCAAAAAAAAACAUGUUUUUACUUUUCUGCAGUCUGACUCUGGGCGAGGAAACAAAAGGGAUCUUCAAAAAAUGUUGGACUGUAGUUUUUAAAUAGCACACACACACACACACACACACACACACACACACACACACACACACACACACACCACACACACACACACACACACACACACACACACACACACUCUCUCUCGGCUGCUCUGCACAAUAUGCUCUCUGAACAUUGUAUUCCUUGCACAUUGAUGAAGCAGUAUUGUUGAACUGUAUAUUGAAGCUUUUUUAUUGACAUGAUAUUAAUGUAAUUAUGUUUGGGGCAGACGGAUGUUUUCCAUCCUAAAGCAGAUUUUGUACUAAACACGGAGAUCCUUGUGGAUUUUUUCCAAAAAGAACUCUUAAAUAUCUUAUUUAGUAUUAUCAUUAAGUAUUGUUUUUUAUAUUUUCUUAGUUUUAUUUUAUUGUCUGUUUUGUCUUUUGUACAUAGUUAUCGACAAAUGGGAAGCCAGUCAGUGCUGGACCCUGCAACCAUUCACCACUGUUGUUUAUGUUUCAUGUUGUCUUGUAAAUGGGGAAUGCCACUCAAUUAAAGUGAAAACAAAAACUCCA